GUCGUGAACAUCAGUCGAAGUCUAACCAUUGACUAGUGUCUAACUUUUAGUAAGGGAUCUUUAAGUCCAGAAUCAAAAUGAAAAUCUUCUCGUUAGCUGCUGUCUUUGUGAUGGGUUUACUGGCCGUAGCUAGUGCUGUUCCCUUGUCACCCGAUCCAGGCAAUGUCAUCAUCAAUGGUGACUGCAAAUACUGCAAUGUUAGAGGUGAUUAGUGGUGUAUACCUUAUCCAAGGAUCACGGAAAUGCCAUAGCUGAAUUUAAACUCAAAAAACAAAAUAUUUAUAAAACAAUCUUGAACAAAAAUUAAACUUAAAGACUUUCAAAUAAAUAAACAUAAUUAAAAAACGGAA